AUGGACGUCACUAAAGAGUUCUGCGACCAGAAAAAGUUCCAGGCAACAAACGGCGACUUGUGCUCCGAGAGAUUCGAAGUGGUGCCUCUACCCGAAGCUCAAAGUGUCAAAGCAAUUGUCGAUGCUCUUGAAUAUUUCGUCUACAAUAUCGAGAUUAGUAUGUCGGAGGUGCUAGGAGAUAUCACCAUUCGCGAGAAUGAUGAUCCUCGCCAAAGCAGCUCCGUCGCCCAACACCGGCUAGUCACUACGGUCGAAGACGUCUUGCAGAUGGAUACAAACAAUGUGGCCUUUAACGAGUAUAUCCCGCCAGGACCGGGGCAGGACGAGGUUGGCUUCUCCAUCAGCGACGCCGUGGACGAGGACGACGCCUUCCCAUACAAACCCACGCGGGUGAGGCAGGACGUAACGAUCAUAACGAUGGUUUCUUGGCGUCGUCUUCCCGACAACAAGCCGAUUAUUGUACUUGUCCAGUGGUGGUGUCUACGUCUUCGACGCAGCACCAUCGACGUCCCGCCUAACGCUGUGACGCGCAUCCAGAACGGUAUUGAACACAUCGGUGCCGCCAUGAUAGAAGCGGCUCGACACGCAGACGCGCAAGGCAACUUGCAAGUAAAUUGA